AUGGAGAUGGCGAUGUGCUACGCGGUGGCGUUCUUGGUCGGAGUGGUCAUGGGCGCGAUGGCUGCGGGCCCGCAAGUGCGCGGCGUUGUGGCGCGCGGCAAGGUUUUGAAAGUGAAGGGCCGCCGCCGCGGCCGAAGGCAAUGCGUGAGGGCAGUUCGGCGCCACGCAGCGAUGGCGGGCGUGCUGGGCACGCUGAUGUUGCUACCAACAGUACAGGGGCUUUUGCAUGGGGCUGCUCGCCUGCUGCAGGUCCCGCCAGCGAUCGUGGCUUGUCUUGGCAUUGCGGUUGCUGGAUGGAAGUCCUUCUUGUGGGGCAAGAGGACGACCAGCUGGCAAGGAUGUUCUGGCGCCAGGCAAAGUUAUGCGGUGCGGGGUGGCGCGGAAAAGCAAGAACAAAGGCAAGAGUGCAAGCUUGAGCGCGGAGAGGAGCAGUUCGAAGGCACAGGUGGCGGUGAGCAGCAAAGUGCUGCGGACUUUGCCAUGUCGUUGUGCUCCAAGGUAGAGGACACUGUGAAAGGGUGCUUCGGAAUGCAGGUGCUUCGGCAGCAGCGCCACAAGUGCAGCGUGGACACCUGCAGGAGCUACAAUGUCGCGCACAGCACGGAGAUGACCGAGGCUUGGACAGUUCUCCUCGUUGAGAACACGCAGCGCAGUCGCGCCACUGCACAGGCGCUGAUACAGCGCACGUUCCAAGGCCAGUUGCUGCCGCAAGCCUUGAGGUGUGACGCUUGUGGGGGCCAGAAGGACGUUCUUCAAGAGUCCAGGCCUUUGUCAGCGCCAGAGGUCUUGAUUGUAAGUUUCCCUCGAAACGGCCACGUGGACCCGCACACAGGGCGAUGGUGCAAGAAUGAGCGCGAGGUGGACUGCACAGGGCCAGUGGAAAUCAACGGCACCUUGUACAGGUUUGUAGCAUUAGUGGAGCAUAUUGCUUUAGAUUGCGGUGAUGCUGAACAGGGGCACUUUGUGACAUGGACCAUGGAGGGUGGUAGCUGGCUCCGGUACGAUGACACUGUGGUGACACGAAUAUCUGCUUUGCCGAAGAAGGUUGCCAAGAGCGUGGUGCUGGCUGUGUACGAGACUUGCGUCGUGACUAGCUUUGCGACAGAGCAGGCUGCGACUGGGUCAGUUGCUGAUAUGACACCCACAGACCCUGCAGCCAACGCGGAAGAGAAUGCAGCAGGAAGCAUUGCCCCCGCAACGACAGAGCUGGCGUCCACUGUCCUGGACUCGCAGGCUGGGGAGGCACUGCAGUCAACAGCAGGGGUAGACGCAAAAGCGGAGAGCCUUGGCUUGCAGACCUUGCCCUUUGCGGAAACCGCUGAUGGCACCCUGGAGUUCGAAAGGGAUGUGGUCGCUGCCUUGUCCAUCUUCCAAGCCGGUGAGGAUGUAGCUGCGUUUCUCGCGAACCUGCCGGCUUACAGCGUGCGAUCCUUAGCAGAGAUUUUGGCAAUGGAGCAAGCAGACGUGAAGGAGCAGUUGCCUGCUGUGAUUGCCGGGUUUGAAGCUGAUGAGUUUGGCGGGAAGCAGGCAUGGAGUCGGAGCACUGGCAUGCCGACCGUGUUCUACUACGAUGCUUUCUGCGCGCUUUUAAUGGGUCUGCUCCACAAAGAGAUCUGCGUGGAUGUGGCGGGCUACCCGUGUCGCAGCCGAUACUGGGCCAUUGGCACAGCGCGCCCUGGAAGCGGGAAGAGUCCGGCAGUGGACCCGAUGGUUGAAUGCCUUCGCAGCGUGUUGCAAGAGAAUCUGCACCUCGCAGCUGGAUGUGGCUGGGACAAGUUUCAUUUGUUAGGGGGCGAGGUGCCGUGGGAAACUGCCAUUGACCGCAAGGCCAAGAAAGAGUCGGCGGAGGACAAGGUUGUGCCGGUCAAAGGUGUACCCUUACAGAAGACCAACGUAACCUUUGCUUUGCUGCAGCAGCUGUCCGUGUGGCAGAACUGGUGGGUGGCUAGCGAGGUUCGUAGCCAAAUUGGCUUGCCGCAGCGGUGCAUGUUCUCAUUCGGAGCUCUCCGGGAUCCAGGCCCGCCUCGCCUGCAGGGCUUUGAGAAGCAGGUGGUGAUGCCCAUUCUGCGCCGCGUCUUUCAGUCUGUGCUGAAGUCAAUAGGUUGCAAGGCGCCGAUGGCUAUAGAUGCGCCUGCAAGAGAGUGGAAGCUCACGCCGGCUCUGAAGGAGGUGUUCCACGCAUACCGUCUGACUUGCCGGGAUGUCACCAAACGCACUUUUUUUGGAGAGACGUUGGCAACUGGACUGCACAAGGCGCCUUAUUGGGUGAGCGCAGUGGCUCUUUUCGGAACUUUGAUGGAGGGCGUGGAAGCGAUGGGGGAGCUCCUUCGCACCUUGGUGGGCUCAGGGUGGCGCGCAGAGUGGACGCGGCGGUGCGGCCCGCCCUUUCGCAACUUGCCGGCCCCGCUAUGGAAAGAAGGCCCGUAUGAGGAGUUAGCGGAGCGUGGUCUUGGACAAGUGCGUGGGCAAUGCUUCGACAAUGGGCAGGAGCUAGUCUUUGUCAAGUUCGCCUAUUCAGUGUUGCCCAAGGAAGCCAAGGAUUCGCUGAAGGAAAUGGGCGUGCCUAGCUGGCAGCUUUGCAGCGAGAAGAAGGCGCAGCCGAAGCCGGCUAUUGCUCCAAAGAGGUCAGCGACGACGCCGACUGUAAAAGAAGGAGAGCCGCCUUGCGCGCCAGAGGAGGGCCCAAGCACACCAGCGGAGAGUUGGGCGAUAAUCUUUCACGGGAAGCCGUGCGAUGGCGCAGAUGUGGCAACCUACACAGGCUUGCGGAAGGCAGUGGAGCGUCUUCUUGGACGGCGGAAAGACCAAGGCAUUUACACCUUCCAUGAAAAGCAGUUGAAGAGGGACGGCAAAACGUUGCUGGGGAUCUGCCAGCAAAGUGUGUGCGCCGGCUGCACACGACAGGUGAAGGCAACCCUAACCUUCGAAGAGAAAGGGCCGCUGCUUUGCGUGGAGCAAAAAGGGUGCCAUGGGAAACUGCAGCCCCCGCGCGGCGGCUGCUUGUGGACAUGCGCGGAGGCGUGCGCUUUGGAAGGGCUGGAGGAGAAGCGUCCAAAGGUCACGUCAAAGGAUGUGCGAGAAGCCUUGAAGGCCCAGAACUUGAGCCUACGAUGCAGCAAUACUCAACUGCACAACUUUGUAGUGCGAUUCAACAACGCAGGCCCACCACGCUCUGCCAAGAGCAAGGUGACGUUGAGCGAGCUGCAAAACGCAGCGCUACAGCACACGUGCCCCAACAUGGAGGCCUGGCAGACUUGGAAGGUGUCGCAGCUCCUUGUCUUGCCGUCUUCAACCUUUGAGGCGGACAGGAUCUGUGUGAUGUGGACCUGUCCGGGCAUGCUGAGACACGCUCAAGCUCUGCAAGAGAAGGUUGUGAACCUUGCAGUUGACGCAAAGCAAAAAGUUGUUGCCAACGAGUACGGCAUUGCAACUUUGUCCUUCUUGGUAAGCAGUGCGGUGCCAAGCAAGACGUGGGCCGGGGCCACGCACACCAAGUCCACUUCGGCGCACACAGCAACACAAGAGCCAUUCCUGCAAGCGUUGGUGGACACGGAGUCAGAGGCCAACAUGACCCAAAUUUUCACGGAGGCGUGCGAGCUGGCUGAGAGGCACUGCGGCCUGGACCUCCGCGCGCAGGUUUGGCAAGUUCAUAAGGACUACGCGAAAGGCAUCGAGGCCUCGCGCCGCAAAGUGUUUCCUUACGCACGCCCAUGUGAUGACUAUGCUCACAUGCGGCGAGCAACCUACAAGGGCAUGCAGAAGUACUUGCCGGCCAAGAAGACCCCAAAGGUGAAAGCGCCGGAAUCUCAGACACCCAAGAACAAGGGCAAGAAGCGGGGCGCCUCGUCAAGCCCGGAGAGACCUGCCACGCCGGCUGCAGAUUUGACAAGCACGCCGGACGGGAGCACCUUUGGCUACUGGGAGAGAAUUGUCCAGAUUAGCCGCGAGGUGCCGACUGUGCAAUUGUUCGAUGCGGUCUGGCAAUUGGCCUUCCCGUGGCUACGGAAGAAAAGUGCGCAAGCUGCAGAGUACUUUCAGCACACGUACUUUCAGAAAGUGCCAGUUGGCAGUCUGCAGAAAGGCUUCAGCUGCACUUCUACAAUUUGGGGGGCAGAAGGAGGAGAAGACUUUCGUGACAUGGCCCGCCCGCUGCGCAGAUGCAUUGUUCAACAGCAAAAGCCUGCGGUCCGCGGGCAGAUCCCCUGCGAGCCGCGGCUGUGUGGCAAUCGCAACUACCGCCAGGUCUACAUCCGCACUGGGGAAGCAGGCAGAACCGAUGUGGACGGUGUGACAACUUUCUGGGUUCUGCAAAGCAGACUGCAGGGAGGCGUGAUGCCUGCAGAGGCGGUCGUGACGCCGCAAGUGGCCGAGAUGGUCGCAAACCUCAUAGCUUCCGAAGGCCCGCAGCUCGAAAAAUGGUUGUGCAAGGCUGGCAUUGCCAAGGAUGGGGAGUUGGAAUUGAAAGCGUUGCAGAAGUACAUGCAGCAGUACUGCGCAGUGUUGGCGGUGGGUGCGGCAUCACGUCGAGAGCCCGGUUGCGCCAAGGUGCACCAGGCUUCGGUGCAGCUGUGGAAGACUUCGGUGCAGCUGUGGAAGACUUCGGUUGGAGCCUUGAGCUGCGAAAGCCUUUUGUCGCAGGUCUUGGUGAGGCUGCUGAUUUACGUCUGGUACAUCGUGGCCGGGGAGUUUGCGGCUUACAUCAAGCCCCGCCACGACGAGUGGCUUGAGCAGCUUUGGGUGGGCCAACUCGCCACGUACGUGCUCACGUGGCUUUCGCUUCGUCCACUCCUCAGGCGCCUUCCGGAGGGCACCUGGAAGCUGAAGCCGCCCAACUGGCGCCAGGCGGCUGGCGGGCUGCUGGCCUCCGUCCUCGCAGGCCUGGUGGUGGCGCCGCUGGGCCGGGGCCAGGUGUCGCCCCUGGGGGCGCCUCUGGCGCCGGAGCUGCGGGCGGCCAAGCACCUGGCGCACAGCUCGGGGGCGCAGGUGGCCAGCCUCUUUGUGCUGGUCGGAGUGGUGGCGCCGGCCUUUGAAGAGCUCUUGUUUCGGGGCUUCCUACUCCUGGCUUUGCGCAUGACCACGUCCUCGCCAAUUCUCAUCUCGAGCCUCCUGUUUGGGCUCUUCCACUGCCACCCCCGGCGGCUGCACGGGUUCCGGCCCCUGGUGCCUACGGCCUCGGUGGGCGCCAUCUUCGCCCUGGUGACGUUGAAGACCGGGUCCCUGACUACGGCCAUCCUCAUGCACCAGCUCUGGAACGGAGUGCACCUCUUGCUGGUGGCUUUGCUCGCUCAUUGUGGAGCUCGUCCCUGGGCUCUGGAAGCGGCCGCCGCCUGCUAUGCCUGGGCCGCCUGCAAGCCCCAGAAACACGGAUGUGGCGCCAUGCUUUGCACGGCGGCGGAGGCGCUCCGCGAAUCGCCGCCUUCGGGGUGGGGCGGGAUAGCGCUCGCUCCAAAGCCGAUGGCGGGUGCGAACCCCUUGGUGUUCUUCGAGAUCGCCUUUGAUGGCCAGCCGGUGGGGAAGGUGGUCUUCGAGCUCUACGCCCACGUUGUGCCCAAGACCGCGGAGAACUUUCGCGCCCUCUGCACCGGAGAGAUGGGCAAGGGCAAGCACGGCAAGCGCCUGAACUUCCUGGGCUGCGUGUUCCACCGCAUCAUCCCGGGCUUCAUGUGCCAAGGAGGGGACUUCACCAAGGGCGACGGCACCGGCGGGGAGUCCAUCUACGGUGCCAAGUUCAAAGAUGAGAACUUUCAGAUGAGACACACGGAGAAGGGCCUGUUGUCCAUGGCCAACUCUGGGCCCAACACCAACGGCUCGCAGUUCUUCAUCACAGUGAAGGCCACCCCCCACUUGGAUGGCAAGCACGUGGUCUUCGGGAAGGUCAUCUCCGGCUACGACGCCCGCCGGCUCGGCUUAGUUGUCGCCAUGUCGAAGCCCCGAUCUGGCUCAAUGGACGGCGCCUUCUCGCCCAACCCCAUGCGGAAGCUUUGGAAACCCACCAUCGAGGUGGAUCCGGACUCCACGCGCACGGAGAAGGAUCUGCUGGGCCAGCGCGAGGUGCCCGUCGAGGCCUACUACGGGGUGCAGACCCUCCGCGCGGUGGAGAACUACAACAUCACGGGGAUCCUGCUGCGGAACUUCCCGGAGUUCAUCAUUGCCUUGGCGCAGGUGAAGAAGGCGUGCGCCAUGGCGAACCACAAGCUGGGGCACCUGGCGAAGGAGAAAGCCGAGGCCAUUUGCCACGCCUGCGACGAGCUCAUCGACCCCGAGUGCACCGACCUGGGCGAGAACAGGGGCACAAAGAUGCGCCGGGACUUCUUGGUGGACAUGAUCCAGGGUGGCGCUGGCACCUCCACGAACAUGAACGCCAACGAGGUGAUCGCGAACCGCGCGCUCGAGCACCUCGGGAAGAAGAAGGGCGAGUACGAGUUCUGCCACCCCAAUGACGACGUGAACAAGGGUCAGUCCACCAAUGACGCCUAUCCCACGGCGGCGAAGAUUGCGCUGAUCCUGAUGCACACGCCGCUGGUCGAGGCCAUCAAGAAGCUGGGGGACGCUCUUGGGGCCAAGGGCCGAGAGUUCAAUCAUGUUGUGAAGAUGGGCCGGACCCAGUUGCAGGACGCGGUGCCUAUGACCCUGGGCCAGGAGUUCCAUGCCUACGCCACCACGGUGCACUACGACCUGGACGCCCUGACCAGCGCGGUGUCGCGGUUCACCAGCACCAACCUGGGGGGCACCGCCAUCGGCACCGGCAUCGCCGCGGACCCCUGCUUCUCCCAGGUGGUGGUGCAGGAGCUGCGGAAGGUCACGGGCUUCCCCAUGAUCCUGGCGGACGACCUCAUCGAGGCCUCCUCCUCCGUGGGGGCCAUGCUCUUCUUCUCCGGGAUGCUGCGGCGAAUCGCUGUGAAGAUCUCCAAAGUCUGCAACGACCUGCGCCUGCUCUCCUCAGGCCCCCGCUGCGGCAUCGCGGAGAUCAACUUGCCGCCGAUGGCGCCGGGCUCGUCCAUCAUGCCGGGCAAGGUGAACCCCGUGAUCCCCGAGGUGAUGAACAUGUGCGCCUUCGAGACCAUCGGCAACGACCUCACAGUGGCCUUCGGCGCGGAGGCGGGGCAGCUGGAGCUGAACGUCAUGGAGCCCGUGAUCAUCUACAAGCUCUUCACCUCCGUUGUGGUGCUGACCAGAGGCAUCAACACGCUCCGGGAAAAGUGCGUUGAAGGCAUCACCGCCAACGAGGAGCAUUGCAAGGAGAUGGUGUACAACUCCAUUGGCAUCAUCACAGCGCUGCUGCCGCACAUCGGCUACAAGGCCUGCACCGAGGCGGCGGCCAAGGCGCUCAAGGAGAAGCGGGCCCCCGCGGACGUCAUCGUGGAGCUGGGCUUCCUAACGAAGGAGCAGGUGCAGGAGCACUUGAAGCCCGAGUCCAUGUGUGGUGCCAAGCCGAAGUUCGCGUCAGUCUGCGAGCUUCGAAUCAAGGAGGUGGUGCAGAAGAUGGAGAGGCUGGGCUCCGCGAGCGGGAAGACGUCCAAGAGGGUCACCAUCCACGCUUGCGGCGAGGAGGGCUUAGAGGAUGCGCCUCCGGCCAAGAAGCCCAAAACCGACCAGGUGCAGGUGCUGCACAUCAUCCGCAAGCACAGCGGGUCCCGGCGGCCCUCCAGUUGGCGAGAGGAGAAGAUCACCUGCUCCAAGCUGGAGGCGGCGGGCUUCCUGGAGGAGCUGAAGGCGGACCUGGUGGGCCUCGACAGCGCGUCGGUGCGGCCCAAGUUCGAGGAGUUGGCGCGGGAGCACUCGGACUGCGGCUCCGCCAAGCGCGGGGGAGACUUGGGCCUCUUCGCCCGGGGCAGGAUGCAGAAGGCCUUUGAGGAGGCCUCCUUCGCACUGCAGGUGGGCCAGCUCUCAGAGGUGGUGUCCACCGACUCGGGGGAGCACCUGAUCCUGCGGAUCAAGUAG